AUGGUCUCCGUAGUCGAUGGCGUCCACGAAUUCAGGCCUCCCAACUUCGCCCAAGGUGAUCAGAGAGGUCCCUGCCCAGGCCUGAAUGCUCUCGCCAACCACGGCUAUUUAUCCCGUGAUGGAGUCGUCGGCUUCCUCGAGGCCAUUGACGCCAUCAACUCUGUCUUUGGGAUGGGUAUCGAUCUUGCGACCGUCAUUGCUGCCAUGGGUGUCACGACCACUGGCAACCCUCUGUCGCUGAACCCGGGUUUCUCAAUCGGCGGCCAGAGUGCCAAAUCUCAGAACCUGCUGGGCAACCUCUUGGGACUGCUAGGCACUCCGCGCGGCCUCGAGGGCAGCCACAACUUCAUCGAGGCGGACUCGUCCAAUACCCGCGACGACCUCUACGUCACUGGCGAUGCGUCCACCAUGAACAUGAAGUACUUCAUGGACGUGUACAACUCUAUCCCUGCCGGCGGCUUCCUGUCCGUCGAGGCCAUGGGCGACCGCGCCGCGAAACGACUUGCCGAGAGCAAGGCCACCAACCCGCUCUUCUACUACGGCCCCUACACCGGCCUGAUUGUCCGCAACGCGGGAUUCCUCUUUGGCAUCCGCCUGCUCAGCAACCACACCGAUGAGUACCCUCUUGGCGGCCACAUGGACCGGGAAACGUUCAAGAGCCUCUGGGGAGUGACCACGCUUCCGGACGGCACGCUCAAGUACAACAAGGGCUGGGAGCGCAUCCCUGCCAACUGGUACCGCACCCGCAGCGACUACGGCUUUGUCGAGCUCAACCUGGACCUGCUCUCCUGGAUCGCCAAGCACCCGGAGCUCGCCUCCAUCGGCGGCAACAUGGGCACGACCAACAGCUUUACGCCCGUCGACCUGGCCAACCUGUCCGGCGGCGUGUUCAACGUGGACACGAUGCUGCAGGGCAACAACCUCAUGUGCUUCACCCUCGAGAUUGUCAAGGCGUUCGCCCCGAACUCCCUGUCCAGCUUGUUCACCACCCUCGCCAAGCCCCUGCAGAUGAUUACUGAUGCGGUCGCCGUGCCGCUGCUGAACCUCGGGUGUCCCGCAAUGCACGAGCUCGAGGCCAACGGGAGCAAUAUCCUGGCUGGGCUUCUGAGCAAGUUCCCUGGUGCCCAGAAGAGUGGCUCGGCGCUCUAG